AUAUUGUUUGUCACAAAUAUUUGGUAACAUUUGAAAUGAGAUUAAAAGUUUAAAAUUUUUUAUCGGCGACUUGAAUCGUGUCAUGCGUCCGUCAGUGUUCAAUUUCUUAUUUGAUGUAAUUGGAAAGGAAAAGUUAAGUCAAACUUCUGUUUGGUGUGUUUUCAAGACCUAUUUCCAAUAUUGCUCGUGUUGCAUUAAAUGUAUCAUUUUUACGAUGACUACAUGAAUUUGGCAACGUUAAUGUACGGACAUGGCGUUCAAUGUUACUAUUUAUGGUUUCUAUUAAAAGAAGCCAAUGCAAAUCUUAACAUAGACAGACAUUGGGGGAAUUUUUGUAAUUCAUAUUAUUUCAGGCAGAGUCAUACAUACUACGAGUUGCGCGUUAAAAAAGUUUUAAUUUUGAAUGGAUAUUCUGUGACUGUGCCUAAUCGAGGUCGUGUACUUACUGAUUCCGAGAUGUCACUUCUCGAUACAAAUGGGCAGUGACGUUUACUCUCGGACUGGUGGCUUGACACAAAGCAGAAUUAGUUUUUUGCGUAGUUAGGAGUAACUGGUAGCUCUAAGCCGUUGAAGAUGUGCUCAGUCUAACUCUCCAUAGUUGCUGAGAUCCAGAAUUUGCAACCUGGAUGAACGUGGAGGGCAGCGAGAUGCGAGAGCGUGCGGCGCGCAUCUGCCGAGACUACCUGCACGGCGCCUGGAAGUCAGUCACCUCCAAGGACAUCCAGCUCAAGAGGAUCAGUGGCGGUCUAAGCAACUGGCUGUUCCACGUCGCUCUGCCUACGGACACACGGCCCAAGGGCAGUGAGCCAUCACAAGUACUAUUGCGCAUCUACGGGCAGACCCAUGGCGAGCGCGCUCUUGAGGCACUCGUCACCGAGUCUGUGAUAUUCACAUUGCUUUCGGAGCGCCGCUUGGGGCCCAAGCUGCACGGCAUCUUCCCUGGAGGCCGCAUUGAGGAAUACAUACCGGCACGGGCAUUGAAAACCAGAGAGAUGGCAGAUACCAAAUUGAGCCCACUGAUAGCAGAGCGCAUGGCUCAAAUUCACAGGAUGAAUGUACCAAUAAGCAAGGAACCACGCUGGCUUUGGGACACUAUGGAUAGGUGGACACAGAGUGCAGAGGCAAUUUUGGUGGAGGUUGAAGGUGCUCAACCUGAGGUUCUUUCCUACAUCAAGAAAAUCCAAAAGUACAACCUAGGAUCUGAAGUCAAGUGGUUGAUGUCUUUCCUGAAGAAGCUGCAGUCUCCAGUAGUAUUCUGCCAUAAUGACAUGCAGGAAGGCAAUAUUCUGUUGUACAACCACAACCUCACUGACCAACAGGCUCUCAGCACACCACGUCUGGUGCUGAUAGAUUUCGAGUACUGCUCAUACAACUACCGCGGUUUUGAUUUGGCUAACCACUUCAUUGAAUGGGUGUAUGAUUAUACAUAUCCUACUCAUCCAUUCUUUUCAGUCAAUUACAGCCACUAUCCCAGCCCAGAGCAGCAGCUGGUCUUCGCAAGGUCUUACCUGAAGACUUUCCAUCAGAAACAACCAACAACUGAAGAGGAAACAGUACUGUUGAAGGAAGUGCAAGCCUUCACUCUUGCUUCACAUCUUUUCUGGGGACUAUGGGCUGUUGUCAAUGCCAAACUGUCACAGAUCCCAUUUGGUUACUGGGAAUACGCUGAUGCGAGGUUAGAGGCCUACUUUUAUUCUAAAAGCAAACUUCUGAACAGUGCAGCAAGUGACAUUGGCACCAAGAGGAAAAUUGGCGAUUUAGAAGAAUGAAGUGAUCAGAUCAGAAAAUGAAGAAUUUGACCUCGACAGAAUUUGCAACUGAAUCUGUCUCGUUGCAAAUUCUGUGAUGGAGAUCGUGUUCAGCAGGAGGCUUGAAACUUGAGCAUAUCAGUUAUGUACCUUCUGAGGUAUUUCAAUACCUGUGUGGAAGGGCCUCUAUGCCUUUGAUUUCAAAGGUUUAGCUUCUGUAAGAGCAAGGCAGAGCUGUUAAGUUUAUGGAAGACUCCUCGUGCAUUGGAAACAUCCAUGUAACUUAAGAUCAUUCCAUUCCUUUUCUUCUUUUUUUUUUAAAUUUGUAACUGACUAUUUAUUCAGUCCCUCUGUAGAUCGUUUUAAAUUAAAUUAAGCUCUGUUGCAUUUGACUAAUAAAUUGCCAGUGCAGCAUUGCUAACUGCUGUAAAUAUCAAUAACUUAGAUUAUAUUUAAACUUAUGAAGCAAUGUAGCACCAGAAUGAAUUACUGUAUUUUAUCUUUUAGCGCAAUAAGCACAGGCUUAGAACUGCAAGCAGGCAGCUAUUUCUUAUGCUACUUUGACUCCAUAAAAGUUCCAUGAAGUUAUUACAUUGACUUACAAUCAAGAGCAAAUGCAAACAAAUUAUCUAUCAGUAUAAUGAGUGUGAUUGCUCAGAUUGCAUAAAAAAUGUUCGUUUUAACAUGGCUGACUUAGAAACAGAGCAGACAGCUGUGGGGUACAUUACUUCAUGCAGGCAAUCGUGUAAUGUCACACAUCAGUUGUGGCAUUAGUCGUGUUUGCAGUUACGACUAAACCAAUGUAAGAGGCGAAAGGGCUGUGGUGAAUUUUCAAGCAGUAUGUUGGGUGCAAUGCAUAUUUGAGACUGUCUCUUCUUUUUUACAUUGUAAUCUCAUUGCUCACAUGUAUUCAUGUCAUUACCUAAAUCAUGUGUCAUGAGUAUGUCUACAAAGUAUUAUGUUUGUAAUUUGUGUUGUCCAUAUAUUUUUUAAAGAAAUCUGCUUUUUGUUUUGUACAAAGAUAUUGUUCUGUGUUCAGAAAUUUGUAUUAUUUAUAAAACAAACUCAGAAUCGUUCAAUGUGCAUAAAUAAAGGUUGUAAUAAACA